AUGGGAAACCACACCACUGUCACUGAGUUUGUCCUCCUGGGGCUCUCAGAUGCCUGUGAGCUGCAGAUGCUCAUCUUCCUGGGGCUCCUCCUGACCUACCUCCUCACUCUACUGGGGAAUCUCCUCAUUGUGGUCAUCACCCUCAUAGACAGGCGCCUCCACACUCCCAUGUACUAUUUCCUGCGCAACUUUGCUAUCCUGGAGAUCUGGUUUACCUCAGUCAUCUUCCCCAAAAUGCUGACCAAUAUCCUGACCGGAUAUAAGACCAUCUCCCUACUAGGCUGUUUCAUACAAAGUUUCCUGUAUUUCUUCCUGGGCACAACAGAGUUCUUCCUACUGGCAGUGAUGUCUUUUGAUAGGUAUGUGGCCAUAUGUAAUCCCUUGCGUUAUGCCACCAUCAUGAGCAAAAGGGUCUGUGUCCAGCUAGUUCUUUGUUCAUGGAUGACAGGAUUUGUCCUCAUCAUCAUUCCAACUUUCAUCAUAUUUCAGCAGCCAUUUUGUGGCCCCAAUAUCAUUAAUCAUUUCUUCUGUGACAACUUUCCACUCCUGGAACUCAUAUGUGCAGAUACAAGUCUGUUAGAGCUCCUGGGUUUUAUUGUGGCCAACUUCAGCUUACUGGGCACUCUGUCUGUGACG